AUGCUCGCCGCACUCCGCACGCUUGGCCUCACUGCGCUGGUCGCGACGAACGUCUUGGGGUGGCCCAUGCUUCAUGGUGGCAACCCCGCGCCAGACGCCACCUUUGUUGCGGGCGUCCGCGACUCGAUCAACGGCGCCAACCGCUGCGCCGGCACGCUCAUUGCACCCCGUCUCGUGCUCACGGCGGCGCACUGCCUCUUCACACAAGUUCAAAUCCGCGUGUAUCAGUUCUUGCCCGCGCAGUACGUCUCGAUUGGCGCAGUGAACGCCAACGGCACUGGCGAGCAGAUCGCGGUCAUUCAGAGCGUCGUGCACCCCAACUACACGUACGAUGCCCUCAACUGGUCAACGACGAAUGACGUUGGCGUGCUUAUCCUCGCCUCGCCGUCAAGCUACCCUCCGAUCGCGCUCGACUUUAACCCACUUGUGCCCGCCGGCGUCUCGGCAACCGUGUACGGCUGGCCGGAUGCCGCUGGCAAUCGAUCUGUCGAGACCGCCACGGUGCUGAGCCAAGGUGCGUGUCAAAGUGUGUUUACCCAGCUCAGCGCUACGAGUCUGUGCACUGAAGCCGAGUCGCAGCGCAACCAAUGCAGUCGCAACUCGGGCGGUCCCUUGACCAUCGUCGCCAACGGCUCGCAGGUCCUCGUCGGCGUCGAUAGCUUUGGCAUCGACUGCCAAUCCGGGAUCGACGUCUCGGCGCGGCUCUCGUCCGCACAAGACUUUUUGACACCGUUCUUGACCAACGCCACGUUGAACACAGUGUUGUCUCUCUAAUAAGAACACUAUCACGAAUGGUCUUGGGUGUUGCCCAAUCAACAACUGCAGUAUCAUGAAAUACAGUGUAU